AUGCGUGGCAAUGCCAUCUACCCGCGAGAGUUCGCCGUGGCCAGCCCCUGUAGCCUGUGCCGAGUGGUUGGCACGCCAGCGCCAGCAACCACCACAAAAGCGCCACCUCCACCGGCGUCGUCCUCGGCACCCAUGGCAGCAUCGCGUACAAGCUGCCCCCCACCGGAGAUCGUGUUCAACGGGUCGCUGUUACAGACAGACAGCACCACAGCGCAGCAGUUCGGCAACGUGUACGAAGUGCGCUUCAUGGGCAUCUUCGGGGGUGUGACCAAAAAGCGCGCAUGCAAGAUCAAGUGCGUAAAUGGCGUCUGGCUCGGACCAUUGUGCGCCGUCGAAAGCGAGGCUGGAGAUGGCGGCCGCUUCCACUCUGUGCUGAAGCCGUGCCCCCUGCCGCCUAUGAAGCCUCACCUGGUGGUGCACCACGAAGGGCGGCCCCUCACCGUCACCGGGCUCAGUCAAAUGGCGCACGAGAGCAUGCUCAGCUUCCGCUGCACCCAGCUUGGCCGCUACAAGUUUGUGGGCAACGCGACCGUGCGCUGUCUCAACGGCCAGUGGUCAGCCGCUAUGCCUAGCUGCCUGGAGACCUCGCAGCAGAGCAACCUCUCUGUGCAGGUGCCGCCCACCAUCUUGUACUCGGUGGAGAAAGGAGACUAUGGAGUGUCCGAGGAGGGUGAGCUGGUCGUUUAUCCGGAGACCAACGUCUACCUGUACUGCCUGUAUCAGCGGUUCAGUGGCAAUCCACAAUGGGCCUGGACAUCACAGAGAGACUACGCCAAGGGCUGGAUCCUGUCGGCCGACGAGAAACAGUGGCGCUACGAGCUGCUCAUUUACAAGGCGAAAGAGCACGACUCCGGGACGUACACUUGCACGACGCCUCGGGGGCAGACCAACGAGAUUCACGUCAGAGUCAGAGUGAUCCAGUGUCCAGCGAUCCCCGCCACAGGUCAUCUCAAGAUGAGCACGCACAACAGAACCUACGGCAUCCGCGUGCACUUCAGCUGCCCGUCAAACUACAGGCUUCUAGGGCCGCCGUUCGUCACCUGCUGGAAGAACGAGUCCUGGUCCGACACGCCGCCCACCUGUGAACCGAUUCGGUGCCGAAGUCCACUACCACCGGCGCACGGCCGUGUGUUAUACGGAGGCCGCCAGUACCCGGGAGACAGCGUCCACUACACGUGCAACGCGGGCUAUGUGCUCAUCGGCGAGUCUGUCAGCGUCUGCCAGGCCAACGGCACUUGGUCCAACAACUUGCCCAAAUGCAAGCCGGCCUGCGAGUUCCCGGGUAAGCCAGCGCACGCGCGCGUCGUGCCCUCCAAGUUUCACUACGACAUCGGCGAGCUGGUUACGGUGGCGUGCAACGCGGGCUUCCGGUUGCUGGGCUCGGCGAAGCUUCGCUGCUCUCGCGACGGCCACUGGUCACACCCGUUGCCCCACUGCCGCCGCCUGGUGGUGCACAAGUAG